UGCGAACAAAACUUUGCUUUCGUGCCCGCUUCUCCGACCCCGAGACGGAACUCUCUCUUUCCUACAUCACCUCAGACACACCAAAAAACACUAUAAAAACUGGAAGAAAGAAAGUCUCAGACUCUGCAUUUUUUCAACACACCGUAGUGCCGUACUCUCCUAUUUUUCUUUUAUCCCUUUGAAUUCCCUCCCUUUUUUUUCUACCCAAACCCUAAGCCCCCCAAUGCCGCCUCCACGGCCUCCUCUUCCUCCUCCUGAGUUCCGGCACGUCGAUUCCAGGAUCUGGCGAGCCUGCGCUGGCUCUUCCGUUCAAAUCCCCACCGUUCAUUCUAGGGUUUACUAUUUCCCUCAAGGCCACGUGGAACAAUCCUGGGGUUCCACUCCGGCACUGUCUUCUCUCGUACUCUCCAGACCUCUCAUCCCUUGCGUUAUCUCCGAAGUUCAUUGCCUUGCCGAUCCCAAAACCGACGAAGUCUUCGCUAAACUUCUCCUCGUCCCUGUCGACCCUUCUAGACUUCCCAAUCAAUUUUUAAAUAUCAACGGUGACGAUGAGGAUUCUGAUAAGAUCGUUUCGUUUGCGAAGAUUUUAACGCCGUCCGAUGCAAACAAUGGCGGUGGCUUCUCCGUCCCCCGGUUUUGCGCCGACUCUAUUUUCCCGCCACUAGACUACAACGCUGAACCUCCGGUUCAGACUCUCUCCGUUACCGACGUUCGCGGUGGCGUUUGGGACUUUCGCCAUAUUUACCGAGGAACGCCACGUCGGCAUCUGCUCACCACAGGAUGGAGCAAGUUCGUUAAUCAGAAGAAGCUCAUCGCUGGCGACUCUGUUGUCUUCAUGAGGGACUGCAAUGGGAACAUGUUUAUUGGAGUUCGGCGUGCGAUGAAGAGAGAAGCCGGCGGGGAUUUCGGGAGGUGGAGAGAGCCUAGUGAUGGAAGAGCAAUGCAAGGGGAAGGGAGGGGGAGGAUGACGGCGGAGGCGGUGGCGGAAGCGGCGGAGAGGGCUGCGAAGGGUUUGCCAUUCGAGGUUGUGUACUAUCCACGGGCUGGGUUGGCUGAUUUCGUGGUGAGGGCCGAGUUGGUGGAGGCUGGACUCAAUAUAUUCUGGGCUGGAGGGACGAGAGUAAAGAUGGCUGUUGAGACGGAGGAUUCGUCACGAAUGACGUGGUUCCAAGGGACGGUUAUGUCUGCUGCGGUACCGGAUUCUGGCCCCUGGACUGGCUCUCCUUGGCGAAUGCUUCAGGUUGCAUGGGACGAACCUGAAGUUCUCCAGAAUGCAAAGAGAGUGAGCCCAUGGCAAGUCGAAAUUGUAUCCUCCUCACCGCUUAAUUCUUCAUUCCCCUCGGCAAAGAAGUUAAAGUUUUCUCAGGAUUCUGGGCCAGCUGAUGCAGAGGGAGAAAUCUUCUUCCCUAUGACAGGGUUAACUAAUUCAAUGAUGGGCUACAUGAAUCCAUCAAUGUUGAAUUACAAUUCUUUUCCUGCUGGCAUGCAGGGAGCCAGGCAAAAUCAUUUUCACUUGCAAAGUUUAACUAACUAUGCAAGUGAGAAUACCCCAAUCAUGUGCACUGAUAACUUCUCUGGCAACUAUAUGUUGCCCAAGUUGAAAGGGAGAUCCACUGAGCUCAACAUUGGCAGUUCACAGUCUGACAAUUUGUCACCAGAUAGCCAGAGCAGCAUUCUUUCCUAUGGCACUGAAGUUACUGUAAAUGGGGGCUCCAACUCAACUAAAGUAGGUGUUAGUUCGUUUCAAUUGUUUGGCAAGAUAAUUCAUAUGAAAGAGCCUGUCAGAAGCAGAUUUGAUGAUGUUGGUUCCAUUGAAGAUGAUGGUGGUAAAAGGGAUGAUGAAGCUGCGGGACCAGAGAAGUCAUUAGAUCUUUCAUUGGCCUACGGCUAUUCUAAUCUGCUCAACAGGCUAGAUGUCCAAUGCCAAAGAGCCUCAGCUGUUGAAGGAUUUUCCUUGUGAAUGAAUACGUGUCCUCAUCACACAGAUGAGUAACUGUUUAGGUACUUUAGGGCAGGAAGCUGACACCUUGUAGGACUGUUAGUAGUUUCCGUAUAUGCUGAGUUUUUGUUUUAGUUUGAGGUCUUGGAAACUUUUGACUGUUAAAACGUUGACAUGUACUAAGUAGUUUCAUUUUGUUUGAUUUGCACUGAACUCUGGAUGAUUGGAGGAAAUGCGUAGACUCGCUUAUAUCUAGGUUCCAUAUAUUCCUAGGUUGGGCUUUUCGCUAAUAUGGUCUUUGAUCACAAUUGUUUUGCAAGGCACUACGGUUGCUUGGCUUUUAGGAGCACAUCUUCAGUUUCUCUUGUGAUUCUUGGAAUAAGUUUAGUUUAAAUUGUAUUAUAAAAUCAACGUUAGAGUAAAAUACACAGACAUUUUCAA